AUGGGUUCACAAGAAAAUGAAGAAUGUUUGCCCCCUCUACCUCCCAUUGUUCCAUUUGUAUAUGUGCAGGUUGCUCUUUUUUAUGAAGAUGGACGUCCUGUUGAGGGGAAGGGUUCUGGUAGAAAGAUACUGGACCGAGUUCAAGAAACUUACAAUGCUGAGCUGAACGGGAAAAACCUUGCAUACGAUGGUGAAAAAACAUUGUUCACCAUUGGCUCUCUAGCUCAAAACAAGAUUGAGUUUACUGUUGUUCUUGAUGAUGUAACAUCAAGCAAUUUGAAAUGUGUGAAUAUUGACUUUUAA